AAGAAAGAAACGGCAAGGUGACAACAUAACCUCAUCAAAAUCAGAAAAUUAUAAAAAAAUUUUUGGAACAAGUGAAAUUCUCAAAUUUCUUUUUAAAUAAUUAAAGAUGCGGCUUUUCCCAGCACUAUUCAGACGAAAACACAUGCCUCCAGGUCAUAUUUGGAGAGGUAAACGUAGGCUUUAUAAGGAAGUAACUCCGGAACAUAUUCAAGGUUUGAAAAAUAGAUUAGAAAUGGAAGAAAGAAAUAUGUUUUACUUGAGGCACGCUUUUAUAACACCCGAACAAUCAUUUGGACACGCAAAGGCUUUGGGUAAAAACGAGGAAAACUAUUUCAAAACAAUGACAAAAAGGAAGGAAUAUUAUGAAAAUGUUUCUAUCGAGUCAAGAUUGGCUCAUUUGAGAGUCAAAGAAGGGUGGGAUUGAUGUUGACAGUUAGACAACAGUAGAUUUAAGUAGAUUUGUUAUAAUAUACGAAAAUACAUUUGUUUAAAGGUAAGAAGUAUUAUUUUUUUUCAGAGAUUUGAUUAAAU